AUGGGGUUUGAUGGUCAUCUAGUGGAAAAGCUUGGUGUGACUCGAGCCGAGACUCCGGCGACGGUCCGGAGAGUGACCCAUCCUCCGCUGCGGCGUCCUUUAGCCGACUCCGCUCUGCUCCCGUGUGUGUUCACCCUGCAGGCCGCCCUGGUCCCGGGACACGGCCCCUUCAUCCACUGGAGCCGCGGCUCCGGAGCGCAGGAGAGGACGGUGCUGUCGGCCCGGGACGGGGUGGUCAGGGUGCACCAGGCGUACGCGGGUCGGGUCAGUCUGCCCGGAUACUCCGCCAACCCACUCAACGCAUCACUGGCGCUUUCCCAGCUCCGCUCCAAUGAUUCCGGGACUUUCCGAUGCCACGUCGCCUUUGGAGAACAUUAUGAGCAGGAUACGGUCAACCUGGAGGUCACAGGUGUGGUGUUUCCCUACGGUUCUCCUGCGGCCCGUUAUUCGCUGGCGUUCGCGGAGGCUAUCCGUGCAUGUGAGGAGAAUUCGGCUGAGGUCGCGACCCCCGAGCAGCUGUGGGCAGCGUUUCACUCCAGCAUGAACAGCUGCACGGCCGGAUGGCUCAAAGACCAGAGCGUCAGGUAUCCCGUACAGAGACCCGAGCUCGGUUGCUAUGGACACGCAGAGUUUUCUCAAGGCGUGAGGAAUUAUGGGAAACGGGACCCUUUGGAAUUGUUUGACGUUUACUGUUUUGCCAAUGACAUGCAAGGUGAAGUGUUUCCCGCCGCUGUUCCUGACCGACUGACUCACGUCGAAGCCUCGGCUCACUGCGCGUCUCUGGGGGGCCGGCUGGCGACCGUCGGUCAGCUCUAUCUGGCCUGGAGCUCUGGGCUGGACCACUGCGAGCCGGCCUGGCUGUCUGAUGGGAGCGUGAGGUUUUCCGUCAGCUCGCUGCGCUCAGACUGUCCCGCUGGAGAACCAGGCGUCCGGACGGUUUCACCGACAGAACUGAACAACGGGAGCGCGCGGUUCGAUGCUUUCUGCUAUCGAGACGCACAGACUGCCGGCCAGUCGGACCUGCCUGACCUUCGACCCUCUAACUGGACCGGACAGGUGGAUCUGGACAAAGAGCCGCUCACGGCUGAACCUGCUGAGCUCUCGGCCGAGUAUCUGACGGUCCGUCUGCGUGCCGGAGACACGUCUCUGGACUGGAGCGGCCAGCUGGACUCGUUCCCAGACAGCCGACAGGUGCUUCCUGAUCUGAGUCCUGGCGGCUCGGCCCGAGAGGAAGAGGACGAGGAUGAAGGUCUGUCUGGUCAGUCUGUGAGUCCUGCAGCUCCUUCAGACGCUCCUCAAGGACAGGCCAAGAGUCCCCUCACCAGCAUCGUCAGCUCGUUAUGGAAACCCUGGAGCUACUUGACAGGAAGUGAAGCUGAGGCGACGAGCACGAGCGUGACAGACGGCAGAACCACUCCCGGAUCAGGGUUGAGGUCGUGGUGGAGCCCCUCAUGGCUGUCUGGUCCUUCAGCCGUCACUGAUAAAUUAAUCACCUCCUUUCCGUCCACGAGUUCAGUCGUACCAAACGCCACCAGAAACGGACCGGGCGACAUUCAGACCAGUCGACCUGCACAGGACGGUCCGGCGACGACAGCUGAUUGGGUCGUAGUGACCGAAAUACCCGAGCAGAAAACCGAAUCCCCUGAACCCAAAGUCUCCGUCUCGACCCAGAACUACUCCGGAGAGAGUCGAGUCCCAGAGACGGAGGGCAGCUCGUGGGGCGACACGUACCCGUCGUCCCAAACGCCGCUGACGACGAGCACUGGUUCCUUCUCCACCGCCGCACACGGACACGAGGCUCGUGGAGAAAUCCAGUACAGACGCAGAAACAAACCCAAGAGACUCAACCAGAGCACAACAGAGAUGAUGGCGCUCGUCGCCCAGAGCACGACGACUCCCUCCGUCCUGACGUCCGGCACUGGAGACACUGGGACGACCAUCUCGACGUCUGCAGGCGAGUCUCAGACGUCAAGCCUCAUCACGGCGGUCCCCAGCAGCCUAGAGCAGGAUCUGAGCAGCGCCGAGGCCGUCAGGAAGAACAGCUCCGCUGGAGAAGAAGCGGACGACAGAUGCAGCUGUCUGCACGGAGGGACGUGUCUUCCUCACGGAGAGGGUUUCCGCUGCUUCUGUCCGCAGGGUUACGCAGGAGAAAGCUGUGAAAUCGAUGUGGAUGACUGUCAGUCGAACCCCUGUGAGAACGGCGGCACCUGUAUCGAUAAAGAGGACUCGUUUGUGUGUCUCUGUUUGCCGAGUUACAGCGGAGACCGAUGUGAGAGAGACACAGAGGGCUGUGAACACGGCUGGAAGAAGUUUCACGGUCACUGCUACCGUCUGUUUCCUCGCAGACACACCUGGGAGGACGCAGAGAAAGACUGCAGGGAGCACAGCAGCCACCUGACCAGCAUCACUUCCUCCAUGGAGCAGGACUUCCUUAACGGUACGUCUCAAGCUGCAGAGCUUAGAUAA